CCUUCCUGCUUCUCUUCUGUGGCCUUCUCUGCUGUCUCACUGCUGUGUGCUUUCACCCACGCCGGGAAUCCCACUGGUCUAGAACCCGGCUUUGAGAGCACUGGCCUAGUUCCUGUCAUGUUCUCAGGUCAGGCCCCACUCUCAGGGCCCCCAGGGGCCACCAUGCCAGCGGGGGGCCGGGCUGGGAGCCUGAAGGACCCUGAUGUGGCUGAGCUCUUCUUUAAGGAUGACCCUGAAAAGCUCUUCUCUGACCUCCGGGAAAUUGGCCAUGGCAGCUUUGGAGCCGUGUACUUUGCCCGGGAUGUCCGGAAUAGUGAGGUGGUGGCCAUCAAGAAGAUGUCGUACAGUGGGAAGCAGUCAAAUGAGAAGUGGCAGGACAUCAUCAAGGAGGUGCGGUUCCUACAGAAACUCCGACAUCCCAAUACCAUUCAGUACCGGGGCUGUUACCUGAGGGAGCACACAGCUUGGCUGGUGAUGGAGUAUUGCCUGGGCUCAGCUUCUGACCUUCUAGAAGUGCACAAGAAGCCCCUUCAGGAGGUGGAGAUUGCAGCUGUGACACAUGGGGCCCUUCAGGGCCUGGCUUAUCUGCACUCCCACAACAUGAUCCAUAGGGAUGUGAAGGCUGGAAACAUCCUGCUUUCAGAGCCAGGCUUGGUGAAGCUGGGGGACUUCGGCUCUGCAUCUAUCAUGGCACCCGCCAACUCCUUUGUGGGCACCCCGUACUGGAUGGCUCCAGAAGUGAUCCUGGCGAUGGAUGAAGGGCAGUAUGAUGGCAAGGUGGAUGUCUGGUCCUUGGGGAUAACCUGCAUUGAAUUGGCGGAACGGAAACCACCAUUGUUUAACAUGAAUGCGAUGAGUGCCUUAUACCACAUUGCACAGAACGAGUCCCCCGUACUCCAGUCAGGACACUGGUCUGAAUACUUCCGGAAUUUUGUUGACUCCUGCCUUCAGAAAAUCCCUCAAGACAGACCAACCUCAGAAGUUCUGCUGAAGCACCGCUUUGUGCUCCGGGAACGGCCACCCACAGUCAUCAUGGACCUAAUUCAGAGGACCAAGGAUGCUGUGCGGGAGUUGGACAACCUGCAGUACCGCAAGAUGAAAAAAAUAUUGUUCCAAGAGGCACCCAAUGGCCCUGGUGCUGAGGCCCCAGAGGAGGAGGAGCAGCCUCCGCCCUAUCCACAGGAGGCAGAACCCUACAUGCAUCGGGCCGGGACGCUGACCAGUUUAGAGAGCAGCCACUCAGUGCCAAGCAUGUCCAUCAGCGCCUCCAGCCAGAGCAGCUCGGUCAACAGCCUAGCAGAUGCCUCGGACAAUGAAGAGGAGGAGGAGGAAGAGGAGGAAGAGGAGGAAGAGGAAGAGGAAGGCCCUGAAACCAGAGAGAUGGCCAUGAUGCAGGAGGGGGAGCACACAGUCACCUCCCAUAGCUCCAUCAUCCACCGGCUGCCGGGCUCUGAUAAUCUGUAUGAUGACCCUUACCAGCCAGAUAUGACCCCAAGCCCCCUCCAGCCACCUGCAGCCCCGGCUCCCACCUCUACCACCUCUGCCCGCCGCCGGGCCUACUGCCGCAACCGGGACCACUUUGCCACUAUUCGUACUGCCUCCCUGGUCAGCCGUCAGAUCCAGGAGCAUGAGCAGGACUCAGCCCUGCGGGAGCAGCUGAGUGGCUAUAAGCGGAUGCGACGACAGCACCAGAAACAGCUGCUUGCCUUGGAGUCCCGGCUGAGGGGGGAGCGUGAGGAGCAUAGUGCACGGCUACAACGAGAACUUGAGGCACAGCGGGCUGGUUUUGGGGCUGAGGCAGAAAAGCUCUCACGGCGGCACCAGGCCAUUGGUGAGAAGGAGGCACGAGCUGCCCAGGCCGAGGAGCGUAAGUUCCAGCAGCAUAUCCUUGGGCAGCAGAAGAAGGAGCUGGCUGCCCUGCUGGAGGCACAGAAGCGAACCUACAAACUUCGGAAGGAGCAACUAAAGGAGGAGCUCCAGGAGAACCCCAGCACACCCAAGCGAGAGAAGGCUGAGUGGCUAUUGCGGCAGAAGGAGCAGCUACAGCAGUGCCAGGCAGAGGAGGAGGCAGGGCUGCUGCGGCGGCAGCGCCAGUACUUUGAGCUGCAGUGUCGCCAAUACAAGCGUAAGAUGCUGUUGGCUCGUCACAGCCUGGACCAGGACCUGCUGCGAGAGGACUUGAAUAAGAAGCAGACUCAGAAGGACUUGGAGUGUGCGUUGCUGCUGCGGCAACACGAGGCCACACGGGAGCUGGAGCUACGGCAGCUCCAGGCUGUACAGCGCACACGGGCUGAGCUCACCCGCCUGCAGCACCAGACGGAGCUGGGCAACCAGCUGGAGUACAACAAGCGGCGUGAGCAAGAGUUGCGGCAGAAGCACGCAGCCCAGGUUCGCCAGCAGCCCAAGAGCCUCAAAUCUAAGGAGCUGCAGAUCAAGAAGCAGUUCCAGGAGACCUGUAAGAUCCAGACUCGGCAGUACAAGGCUCUUCGGGCACACUUGUUGGAGACCACGCCCAAAGCUCAGCACAAGAGCCUCCUUAAGCGGCUCAAGGAAGAACAGACCCGCAAGCUGGCAAUCCUAGCUGAGCAGUAUGACCAGUCCAUCUCAGAGAUGCUCAGCUCACAGGCGCUGCGGCUUGAUGAGACCCAGGAGGCAGAGUUCCAGGCCCUUCGGCAGCAGUUGCAACAGGAGCUGGAGUUGCUCAAUGCUUACCAGAGCAAGAUCAAGAUCCGCACAGAGAGUCAACACGAGAGGGAGCUCCGGGAGCUGGAGCAGAGAGUGGCUCUGAGGCGGGCACUGCUGGAGCAGCGGGUGGAAGAAGAGCUGCUGGCCCUGCAAACAGGGUGCUCUGAGCGAAUCCGGAGUUUGCUUGAGCGGCAGGCCCGUGAGAUUGAGGCUUUCGAUGCAGAGAGUAUGAGGCUGGGCUUCUCCAGUAUGGCUCUUGGGGGCAUCCCAGCUGAGGCUGCCGCCCAGGGCUACCCUGCUCCACCCCCUGCCCCUGCCUGGCCCUCUCGUCCUGUUCCCCGUUCAGGAGCACACUGGAGCCAUGGCCCUCCUCCUCCAGGCAUGCCACCCCCAGCCUGGCGUCAACCCUCUCUACUGGCUCCCCCAGGUCCCCCAAACUGGCUGGGGCCCCCAGCACAGAGUGGGACACCCCGUGGGGGAGCCUUGCUGCUACUAAGAAACAGCCCCCAGCCCCUGCGGCGGGCAGCCUCUGGGGGAAGUGGCAGUGAUGUGGGCCCACCUGCUGCUGCAGUGCCUGGGCCUCUGAGCCGCAGCACCAGUGUUGCUUCCCACAUACUCAAUGGUUCUUCUCACUUCUAUUCCUGAAGUGCAAGGUGGAUGAGCAGAUGAAUGGGGCAGGGGUGGGUGGAGCCUGAUCCUGGAAGGCUGUGAGCUUAAGGCUCACCUGAGGGUGGGAGACAGGAUGUUGGCUCCAGCUCCCCUCAGACCUCAUCCCAUGAGCUUCUUGGGCUGACCAGUGGCCCAGGGCCAGCUUGGGCAUAGGUGCCUCAAGCCUGGCCAGGUGCCCCUGCCUCCCCACCAUGGUGCCAGGGUCUCCCUCCAUUGCAGCCUUGGGAAAGGAGGGAGAUGUGUGUGUCAAAUAUUCAUCUAGUCCCCUUGGGGAGGGGAAGGGUGGGUCUAGACAAUAUAUUAAAGAGAACUAUACUACCCCCUGCAAUGGGGCCAUGGAUUGGAGAUGCCAGGUCCCCCAAACCUGGGAUAUGGCAGAACAGGUCUAAGGACUGGGGUGGAGAGAAUGGAAGGAAAAGGACUUCUAGGAGAGAAGGAUCAGGACAGGGUCUUGGGGUCAGGAUGCCUGGUCUCUCCAUUCCCCCAUUGCUGUCUUGACGUCCUGUGCCAUCUUGUCCUUUAUAUUUUUUUUUUUUUAAUUGAGAUCAGAGCUAGGGCAGGGAACAAGGGAAAGACCUUGGAAGGGGCUGCUCCGGGCGUGGGAGCAGUCAUGGAGCCCCUACCAGCUACGGGGCUGGCACAGAGCCCCACAGCAAGCUUUUAAUAAACUGUUGGUUAUUCUAACAGACCCUA